AUGACACCUCGACUGAUGGGGCUGCCUCUGCAGCUUCAGCAAUUUAUUGCAAAGCCAAUUGCUCAGUCUUCACCGCUGGCCUUCCUUGCGCCUCAGUUCCAAUCUCGCAGCGCUCACAUCCUCUCCUCCAUCUCCGACAAUCCCUCAGCAUACAACAAACGCAUCCGACGAGGCCGUGGUCCUGCCUCCGGCAAGGGUAAAACCUCUGGUCGUGGUCACAAGGGUCAGGGUCAGCACGGAAAGGUCCCCGCAGGCUUCAAUGGUGGUCAGACGAAGGAUAUUAUCGUUCACGGCGAACGCGGAGGCACCACCGAGCUUCACACCGAAUACGCCCCUGUGAAUCUCGCACGCAUACAAGAAUGGAUUGACCAAGGCCGCAUCGACCCAGCGCGCCCAAUUACAAUCCGCGAACUGACACACUCGCGCUGCAUCCACCAAUCGAAAGACGGCGUCAAGAUCCUCGGCGGCAGCGACUCUGCCCUGAAACAACCAAUCCACCUCGUCGUUUCGCGCGCCUCAGCAUCCGCCAUCUCCGCCAUCGAGGCCGCCGGCGGCUCCGUUGCAACUCGCUUUUACACCCGCCAGGCCAUCCGACACAUUCUCCGCAUGGAGUCGCACACUUUUAUCUCUAUGGCCUGGUCCGCUGAGAGCGGGUCUAAGGAUCUGCUCAAGGCUGAGAAGGCGCCUGAGGAUCUGUCCGAGUCGAAUAUCAUGAAGGCUCUCGGUCUCCGCUACCGUCUGCCCGAUCCUACCCGCCGUCGCGAUGUCGAGUACUACCGUGAUCCUGCCCACCGUGGCUACCUGAGUCACUUGCUGAAGCCCAUGGAGGGUCCUUCGUUGUUCUUCCGCUCGCCUGAGGAGCGUAAGUCGACUGCUGGUGUCAAGAAGGAGAAGGUUCUGCCCGAGAACAGACUCUGGUAG